AUGUCAGGCAUCACAACAGACAGUGCCUCAAAUAACAAAAAAGCCUUUGAGGACUACACCUGGAUUCCUUGUUUUGGACACAAUCUCCACCUUGCUGUAAAUAAGGCAUUAGACAUAAACAGGGUGUCUGCAGUGCUGUCAAGGCUUCGAAAAACUAUUUCUGCCUUUACAAGAUCCCCAAAACUUUCACGCCAGCUGACCAAGAAACAGAAAGAUCUGUCCUCUUCAGACCACAAACUCAUUCAUGAUGAACCCACUCGCUGGAAUUCUUCAUACGAUAUGGUGCAACGUUUCUUGGAGCAGCAGCAGGUUGUCUGUGCUGUCCUGGCUGAAGACAGGAAAAAAUGGCAUCUGAUGCCAAAAGACUCAGAUAUUACAGUUUUAGAAACUGUUAAAGCAGUUCUUGAGCCACUCAGUCCUUUUACUGAUGCACUUAGCGGGGAAAAACAUACUACCCUGUCUUCAGUCUUGCCGUUACUCUGGAAGAGAUUUGAGUGUCUCAGUCAUGAACAAAGUGACUCUGCAUUAGCCAAAGAGAUGAAGGAAAAGAUACACGAGUAUCUUCAGCAUCGCUAUGAUGACUAUGGGGAAAAGAAAGAAAAAGGAGUGCCACCAUCCUCAAGUCAAGCACCUCUUUCUGCAAGUGACAAGAUAAAUGGUGAAUUCUUGGUGUACGAUCAGAUGCCUGAGGUCAGUGCUGAGGAUGAUCCACUUAUCUGGUGGAAAACAAAUAUGGGUACUCUACCUCAACUAUCAGAGUUUGCCAGGAAGUACCUUUGCAUUGCUGCAUCUAGCUGUUCAUCUGAAAGAGUGUUCAGUACUGCAGGGUACAUUGUUAGCCCAAGACGCUAA